AUGGGAUUUGGCACAGCAUCUGUAUCACCUGGAAGCGGUCAACGCGCAUUUGUACGGCGUACAUCGACGGAAAAACAAACAAACGGCGCACAUUUACCAGCUGCAGAGGAGACACUGAGUUUGAAUUCGGCCAACCAUUGGUGUUGGGUCAGCUUGUGAAAAGUAAAGGAAGAUUCCAAGAAGGCAACUCGUUCACUGGCAACAUCAAUGGAGUGAACAUGUGGGAUUAUGCCAUGGAGGAGAACGAAGUAUACAAUUUGGCUACAAAUUGUUCGAGUCGCGUGGGCAAUGUCGUAAGCUGGCCGCUUUUCAGAAAUGUUCUGGAGGGCAACGUUGUGUUGACAGAAGGGUCAAUUUGCAGCGGACCUGAUCUCUCUUCCAAAGUCUCCUUGAAAUUUCCAGCCAUGACAGCUGUUGAUCGGAUAAAAUAUUCUGGGUCACUGCCCUCGUUCCAGGCCUUUACUCUCUGCCAGUGGACAAAACUCGUCUUCAUACAGGCAGACGCCACUUCUCUUAGUUAUGCUAACAGUGAAUCGCCAAACGCUCUGGUUCUCUUGCUGAAGAAAGACCUGACGAUACGAAUUUUUAUCAACAAUAAAAGGUUACAGGCAUUCAGGGCUCCCUUUCUGGACAAACACUGGCAUCAUGCUUGUGUCACGUGGACAAACAAUGGAGGUGAAUUUAAGUUUUAUAUAGAUGGCUCAUUGAUGAGAGUGGUAACUGGGUACGGAAAUGGAGAUGUUAUCCGCGGAGGCGGGAUUCUUAUCUUCGGUCAAGAACAGGAUAACCUUGGAGGAAGUUUUGAUGCAAAACAAUCGCUUGUCGGCUUCUUGAGUCACUUAAACCUAUGGAAUUUCGUGGUGCACUCUUUCGCUCUAGUUGACAUAGCAACAGGAUCUGGCACAGAGAAUGGGAACACUGUGGCUUGGAAAGACGUCAUACGAGGUCAGGCUUACGGUCAGGUUGAAGUUGUUUCCAUUUCCCAGGAUCCACCGAAACGUCCAAAUAUGGACUUCAAGUAUGUUUUUGCAUCACAAACCAACCCAUCAUAUGUCCAACUUUAUGACGCCACGACAGACGAGACCAUUGUGAAGUUCACAGCGUGCGUAUGGGUGUCUGUCUAUCAAUCAGAGACGAUGACGUUGUUUACCUACAGAACAAGUGAGAUGCGGAAUGCCAUCGGUAUGCGGCCAAGGUCUAGCGAUCCGAAGUCGUUCACCAUCAUCGUCAACAAUAAAUUUCUGAAUGUUGACUAUGACGACUUCUUUGAAGAAACUGGGUGGCAACAUAUUUGUGUCACGUGGGAAAAUGGCGCAGGCAACUGGAAGCUAUACGUCAAUGGAGAAAGUGUCAAAAGUGGCUCUGGCCUUCAGCCGGGCGUGGAAAUUAAAGGAAAGGGUGAAUUAUUGCUCGGACAAAGGUACAGAACUGGCUCAGAUACAAUUAAACAGGAGCACGGUCUUGUCGGGGAGAUCAGCCAUUUGAACAUUUGGAACAGGACGCUGUCUACGACGAUAUUGCUUGCGAUGUAUCGAGGAUGUGAUUCUACGGGAGGAAAUUUUUUCGACUGGUCAUCGCUCCUUUCUGGUCAGGUGGUGGGUCAAGUUACUAGGGAGACGUCGGCAGAGUGCACGUUUCCAGACGAGGUUAUCAGCUCCAAAAGAAAUCUCUUCUGUGAGGGAAUGACAAAGGAUGGAUGUUCAUCUCCCCUGUAUGCCCUGUUUGACGGAACGAAAGAUUCAAGAGCCAAAAAAUGGAGAUGUUACUUCUCCAACGCUUUGACACAAGACAACUCUGGUCUGUUGGCGUACGACUAUAAAAAAGAAUCAUCUUGUUACAUAACAAUUGCCAAUCCAGAUUUUUAUCUCAUUACGUAAUUUAAUAUUUGGUUGGGGUUUAGGUAGUACAACUCCAACUGGCCUGGUUAGAGUCCAAACAAAGGGCGUGGCAAAGAGAGGGCCACCAGAUGCACGCUACCUCUCUCUCUCCUUCGUCGAAGGAAAAUGAUUAGUCAUGAAAAUGAUGUAAAAUUUGCAUGCAGUAAUACCAUUUACCAGUAGGUUGUAAGGUUAAUCAUCGUGCACAAGACCGUUCCUAUUCAGAUGAGAUCGAGUAUUAAACAGGAGCAGAAGCAUUGUGAAUUAAAUAGCUUGACGCCGACUGUUUUCACAGCACUAAAUUUAAAUUUAAUUAAAUUUGAACACUAGGACAAAACAGCGGUAACGCUAUGGACCAAGUUGCCUUUGCAACCUAGACCUCAUACUCAGGAUCUCUCGACCUCCCUAGACCUGGCAUCCAUAAAAGAUUAUGGAAAUAAUACCCUUGCCCCUAUCAUUUUCAUUUAAUUGUUUAUGAGAAUAUUAAUGAAAUAUUUUAAGCGAUCCGAAAGAGGGAAUCUAAAACUGGAAUGUUUCAUUUUAAUACAGGGGGAAAUAAGACAGGCAGGACUCGAAUCACUGGGAUUUGAUUGUGACCACAAGCAGACCACACUAUGUGUUUGAGGUUAAUUA